AUGUCGUCAUUUGGAUACAAGAAACUUGACGGUAAUACUGGUUAUGGUUCCAUUCCUCCACCUAGCACGACCUCGGAUCAGGGAGCAUACCCUACAGAUCCACCUGCAGCUCCUGCACCAGGAAUGUACCAGGGAGGAUCACCCCCAGAAGUCAGUAUAGUCCCAUCUUCUUCCUCCAUUGUAAAUGCACCAUAUUCUGCUGGAGUUGCUGCUACCGGAUAUAAUGUCCCACCAGAAGGAGGCAUGGCUGUCCCUUCUGCACCACCACCUAUGAUGGAACCGCUUGCUGGCUAUGAGGGUGUCGGCUUUACCGUCAGUGAUUUUCUUGCUCCGCCAACUCCAUUCAUGAGUGCUGCCCCAUCUGCCCCGCCAAUUGAAAGACCAGAAUUCUCGAUUGGUCCCACAUGGACGGAUGAAGAAGUAAGAGAUGCCUUACUUGAACAUGUAUCACAUUUUUGCUGCUAUGGUUCAGGGACAGCUAAAAAUAUGGUCAUCACUGAUAAAAUAGGGACAAGUGCUUAUCAUUAUCGUUUGGAAACAUUUGGAGAGGGUCGGCAGGUCAAUUGGACCUUUAAACCAUAUGCAAUGGGGACAUUUGUUGAUGGUCCUGAAAAUGGCCGAGCUCUAGGACCCUGGGAAAUACCAGUACACAUUACUGAAUAUUUCAAAGAUUUUACCCAAAAGCUGGAAAUUCCUCAUACAUCCUUUGUUAGGCCGUGUCAUACAUGUUCAACUGCAGGAAUGGUGAUUUGUCAAUCGUGCUUUGGAAAAGGCAGGAAAUUAUGUUCCCACUGUCAUGGCACUGGUCAUCGGCAUGUCGGAUCUGAAAGAAGAAACUGUAUGUUUUGCCAUGGACACAAAACUGUUCUUUGUAAAACAUGUCAUGGAAAAUGUUUUGUUAUUUGUCCAUCUUGUGAAGCAAAUCGCAACCUCAGGUUUUAUCUGGAGUUAACAAUCCAAUGGAAGAAUCAUGUUGAAGACUACAUUUUCAGUGAAAAUUCCCUGCCCCCCAAUCUCAUCAAGGAUGUAUCAGGAACAACAGCCUUUGAAGAGACUCACUUAAGAGUCUGGCCAAUCAACCAUUUUAUGAUACCUCAAAUCAACCAGGCUUCUUACAAUUUGAUCAAUAAACAUGGAUCAGCUUUUCCGACUGAAAGGAUCUUACAGCAGAAACAGACCAUAAGAAUUGUGCCGGUGUUGGAAGUGGAAUAUACCUGGAAUAACAAAAAGUCCGAUUUCUUCGUCUAUGGCCUUGAAAAAAAAGUUCAUGCCCCCAAGUAUCCGCAGAAAUGUUGCUGUGGUUGCGCCAUUCUCUGA